AUGUCAAUUGUGAAUGGUGGUCCGGUGAGCACUAGUGUUGCUGGAAAUUGCAAGGACAUUGUGCAAACCAUAGCAGGUGGACUGUUAUUCGAUGACUACAUCUACGAUCACUGUAACGUCGCGGAUAUUCAUAAGAAGAAUAUUAAACUAGCUUAA